UGCGCCGCCCGAGGGCUGCAGGAUGUGCUGCGGACCAACUUGGGUCCUAAGGGAACCAUGAAAAUGCUUGUUUCUGGUGCAGGAGACAUGAAACUCACCAAAGAUGGCAAUGUACUGCUCCAUGAGAUGGAGAACGGGAUCAGGGAAGUUUUCAAAGCUACUGGUAAUUUUCUGUUUCUUAAGCUGGGUGGUUGUGUGGUUCCAGGAGCGGGUGCAGUUGAAGUGGCAAUAGCUGAAGCUCUAGUUACAUACAAGCACAGUAUAAAAGGAAGAGCUCGUCUUGGAGUCCAAGCUUUUGCUGAUGCUUUACUCGUUAUCCCUAAGGUUCUUGCUCAGAAUUCUGGAUAUGACCUGCAGGAAACACUAGUGAAAGUUCAGGUUGAGCAUUCAGAAUCAAAACAACCUGUUGGCAUAGAUUUGAAUACAGGUGAGCCAAUGGUAGCAGCAGAUGCAGGAGUUUGGGAUAAUUAUUUUGUGAAAAACCAACUUCUUCACUCUUGCACAGUGAUUGCCACCAACAUUCUCCUGGUUGAUGAAAUUAUGCGAGCUGGUAAUAUAAAUUCUUCAUUUGCUCCUGAGCAUGGUACAGACUUUGGGCUUUAAUAUCUUAUAGGAGCCCUGAACAGAGCAAGUUUCUUUACUGCUUCACUUGGCAGGUGGGUAGAGUUUGUCUAGCAUCAAGGCUCCUGUUUCAUUUAGGGCCCUGGUGUCAACUCCUCCUUCAAGGAGGAGUGGCCCUCUUUCUGUGUGGGCAUUAAAAGCUUGACACCUAGACCAGAUCUUGUGUUUUUCCCAGGCUUCUACAGUUCACCUUCAGAAUUUAUCACUCUGUUUUGGUUUCCUCUUGAGGAAAAUCUCCCUUUCUCUCUUUUAAGUUCAGCCAUACAGUUUUUUUUUCUAUUUAUUUUAAUUGUGUAAAAUAUUCAUGACAUAAAAUGUAUCAUUUUAACCAUUUAAAGUGUACAGUUCUGUGGCAUUAAGUACAUUCACAUUGUUGUGCAACCAUCACCACCACUCAUCUCCAGAACUUUAUUCUUUCAAAACUGAAACUUUUAACCUAUUAAACAAUAAUUUCCCAUUCUUCUCUCCCCCCAGCCUCUGGCAACCACCAUCCUACUUUCUAUUUCUAUGAGUUUGACUACUCUAAGUACCUCAUAUGAGUAGAACCAUAUAGUAUUUAUCCUUUUGUGUCUGGCUUAUUUCUCUUAGCACAAUGACUUCAAGGUUCAUCAUGUUAUAGUUUCUUUAUUUUGUGGCAAGUGUUACAAUUUCCUUAUUUUUUAAGGCCAAAUAAUAUUCCAUUGUAUGUGUAUACCACAUUUCAUUUAUCUAGUCAUCUGUUGAUGGGCACUUGUGUUGCUUCUACCUUUUGAUUAUUGUGAAUUAUGCUUCUAUAAACAUGUGUAUGUAAGUAUCUCUUUGUGCCCCUCCUUUCAUUUUUUUUUGAUGUAUACCUAGAAGUGAAAUUUUUGGAUAAUAUUGUAAUCUGUGUUUAACUUUUUGAGGAACCUCCAUAAAUUUUACAUACCUACCAGCAGUGUACAAUGGUUUCAAUUUUUCUACAUCUUCACCAACACUUAUCAUUUUCUGUUUGUGUUUUUUAAAUAAUAGCCAUCCUAAUGAGUGUGAAGUGGUCUCUCAUAUUGAGUAUGUAGUUUUA